AGCAACUUAGCCUCGAAAUUAAAAAUGAUAAAAAUAUUUUUAAAAAAUUGUUUACGUGUCUUUAGAUAAGCUUUAUUUUAUUAAUAACGCACAUUUACUUAAUUUAAAUUAUAUACUAACAAAGAAAACAAAAAUCUCACUAUGUUAAAGGCUGUGAUCCUAAUUGGAGGCCCCCAAAAGGGCACCCGUUUUCGUCCAUUAUCGCUAGACAUUCCAAAGCCCCUAUUUCCCGUCGCCGGACUUCCAAUUAUCCAGCACCACAUUGAAGCUUGUUUAUCUGUAAAAGAGCUAAAAGAAAUUUUUAUUAUCGGAUUCUAUCCAGUUACCCAAAUACAACAAUUUGUGAAUGACAUGCAGUUGCAAUAUGAUAUUCCCAUAAAGUAUCUCCAAGAGUUUACAGCAUUGGGAACAGCAGGAUGUCUGUUUCACUUUAGAGAUCAAAUCAGGUUGGGUUCUCCAGAUGCCUUCUUUGUAAUGAAUGGCGAUGUAUGUGCUGAUUUCUGUUUAAACGAUUUAUAUCAAUUUCACAAAGACAGAUCGGCAGAAGCGUUUAUUACAAUAAUGAGUACAGAAGCAACAAAACAACAAUCGUUAAAUUAUGGUUGUUUAGUAUUGGACAAAAAGUCUAAUGAAGUUACUCAUUACGUCGAAAAACCAAGUUCUUAUGUGUCUACACUGAUUAACUGUGGUGUUUAUGUUUUUUCUUUGAAAAUAUUUAAUAUUAUUGGAGAAACAUUCAUGUCAAAGCAAGAAGACUAUUAUAAGAGUAAUGGAAAUGGAAGUAAAGAUGCAGGUUAUAUCCAACUGGAAAGAGAUAUUUUAACACCCUUAGCUGGUACAGGCAAAUUGUUUGCUUUUCCUGUGUCAAAUUGGUGGUCCCAACUUAAAACUGCCAGUUCUGCUAUUUAUGCUAAUCGCCAUUACUUGGAAUUAUACAGAACAAAGUAUCCUGAAAGGCUAGCAGGUGGUAGACAGUCUGAACAAUGUAAGAUAAUUCCUGAUGUUCACAUUGAUGAUUCUGCUCAAAUUCACCCAACAGCAGUGAUUGGACCUAAUGUAAGCAUAGGGCCUGGAGUAAUCAUAGGGGCUGGCGUUAGAAUAAGGGAAAGUAUAAUAUUAGACGCUGCCGUGAUCGAAGAACGCAGUCUGAUACUGCACAGUAUUAUUGGUAGAAAUUCCAAAGUCGGUAAAUGGGCUAGAGUAGAAGGCACACCCUGUGAUCCUGACCCUAAUAAACCGUUUGCUAAAAUGGAAAACCCUCGCUUGUUUAACAUCGAUGGAAGAUUAAAUCCUUCUAUUACAAUAUUAGCAUACAACAUUUUUAGGUUGUUCAGUGAGUGUGCCAUCAGAAACCAUACUUUUGAACUCCAUUGUACUGCCAAAUAAGGAACUGUCAAAGAGCAUAAAGAAUGAAAUUAUAUUAUAAUUUUUGUCACUAAUAAUAUAAAGGAAUAUUUAAAUAUUCAUAUUAUAUGUAUAUGUAUACUGUAAAUAAACAUCUA